UUGCUUUUGUAACAUCCUGGCCACAGGUCCUCUUUACAAUGGCGCAGGUGGUAUCAACUGAUGCGGCCCGCCGCUCAUUCGAUCUCUUGCUGCUCACCGAUGCUACUUCAUCCAUGGGAACAUUUGUGGAAUCUUUGAAUCGCAGUCUUCCGGAGAUCAUCAGCAUAUCUGCACUUACAGGAUGUUUCGAGAGAAUAGGGGUUCUCGCCUAUCGCGACUAUUGCGAUUCUCCCCUCACCGAGUUCUCCGGCUGGUGCUCGCCUGCGGGCAAAUAUCAAAGUGCUGACCUGGUGUCGCAAGAUGCUGUGCUGGACAUGGCACGCAAGAUGAUGCCGACUGGAGGCGGCGACUGGCCAGAGGCUGCAAAGACAGGCCUGGCAAAGGCAUACGCUGCCAUGAGGCCAGAGGCAACAACAAUCGUCUUGCUCUUUGCGGAUGCCCCUCCUCAUUUCAAGGAGACAGAUGACAACAACUACCGUAUGGAGAAGGCGGCGCUCAGCAACAAGGCCAAGUUUGGAGAUGAUGGCAAGCUAUUUGUGGACUGGACGUCGGCCGCAAAAACCUUUGCUACGGGUCCCAAGAAGGCUGUCGUUUUCAGUGUUAUCCAGCAGGGCACUGUCAAUGUACACUCGCCCUUUCUAUAUCUAUCUACAGUCACAGGAGGAAGCCUUUUUGAGAUUCUAGACAUGGCCUCCGACAAGAUCUCUCAGUUGACCAUUGGUAUCUUGCUUACCUGGAUGAGACUUGGCAAGACAAAUACCAAUGCAGAGGCCAAACUGGGAUACCUGACGCAGUAUAUAUCCCAUACUGACAUAUUGGCGGCCAACAACGAAGAGGAUCCAGUACUACGAAAGUAUGUCGCCAGAGGUCACUUUUCACGCACUCCAACUGUUCAGCAGUGUAUCAAUAAUGUCAAAAGUGAGGAUGUUACUCUCGCCGAAUUGCCUGGUCUUGUGAAGGCCCGCGGCCCAAAGGUUGAGAGCUUCGCCGACAAAUACAACAACGACCCAGGUUACAAGUCUAUGGCCUUCAGUCAGCUCCGACUCAUCAUCCAGAGCAAUGUGUCGGCAAUAUCCCUAAACCCUAUAUUCGGGAGCCUAUGGCGAGCUGCCUGCAAUGACAGGCUAAACCCCGCAAGGGACGAGCUCAUUUCUCUAUUUGGCCUCCAAGUAGACAGGAUUUCAAAUGCAAAUGAGAAAGCUCGUAUGAAGGCUUGGCUUGCCGAGUCUUACAACUACGUCGAUGACAUUAACGAUAUGAUCAAGGCUGUUGCUCCUGAAGAUCGCUUUCCGAUGCUGUUCUUGGACCCUACAGCAGACUUUGGGUUCGUGGAAGAUGCUGACGGAGAUGGACGACGGUUGCAAGAUUUCACUCGAGCGGAGUUGCUUGAAAUUGGAAGAUCAUGCGACUACAAGAUUCUCCGGCGCUUGGGAAAGGUGCUGACCCGUCUGACUUUUGUUCGCUCCAAGGAGGAGCUUCCUCAUCAUAUUAAAACAAUGGAUCCCAAGGCGUCCGUUGCUUGCGUGCCUCUAGCCCUUGCAAAAGAGCAAUAUGGUCGAGAGUUUUGGAAGAUACUCUUGCAUGCUGUUCUCCCAGGCACAAAGCUAGGUGCUCGCCCUGCCUCUCUGCUUGCUGCGCUUGCUCUUCGCAUGGGCAUUGUUCCCCUGCGUGAUGCAGCUGACCAGGCGCUUAUCGCGUUUAGUGCCAACUGGAAUACGUUGGACGUCCCGGAAACAUGGAACAUGGGGUGCCUCAAUCUCUUGCUGGAUGCCGACAAGGACUACGAGAAGAGAGUCGCCGAAGGUGUGACUACCAGAGCUUCGGAAGAGGCUAGAAUUCUCUCAGCCAAGGACCGCGAUACUUUCAAGGCCCUGGUGGAUUACAAGAUGCUAGAGCUAAACCUGGAUACUGCUCUCGAGGCACAAAUCACUUGGACUCCACAUAAGACCAAGGUAGCUCUGGGUCCGCUCGUCAUUUGCAAGAAGUGCAAGUUCCCUCGCUCUGUUACCGUGAUGGCCGCAAAAGGUGUCUGCGGCUUGUGUGAUAUCGAGAGCGACGACUGCUCUUGUUCCGCGUGUGCCGUUGUAGAAGGCCAUGAAGAGCGCAAGAAGGUCAAUGUGUCCAAGGAUCAAACAGAGCAAUCGGAAGCAUACUGGGUCGAAUGCGGGCAGACCUCUUGCAGAGCCCAGUACGUAGUUUAUAACCAGAAUGAACUGCGCGUACGCCCCAAAUGCUAUUAUUGUCGACAUGCUGGCCGAAGCUCUAAGAAAGCAUUGGAAGGUGUCCGGAAAGAUGUCGGACUGGCUCCGACGGUUGAAUGCACCAAAUGUCUGGGUCGAGUCAUUUGGCCAGAGGAAUAUCGACCUGAUGAACUCGAUAUGGCGGCCUACCAGUGUCUUGCUUGCGUCGCCGGCAAAAAGACAAUUGUUGGAGAGGAGACUACUGCACGAAAGCUGAGCAGUGAGAAUAGCUGGGACUGGCUUCUCAAGAAUGAAGAUAAGACGAUCAAGGAUCCUUUCAAUGGUCGGACAGUCUUUUAUAUCGCAUCCAACAGCAAUCUCGACGACCUGGAUACCAAGGUGGAGAUUCUUCCUUCGGCCAACCAAGAUGGUUUUACCAUCCGUGGGAAGCAAGUGCGCAAUCCCGAUGAAAUCAAGGCGUCUCUCCUAAACUGGGUGAGCUCACGGCGAGCCGAAUCGGCCACUUGCAGCCUCUGCUUCUCCGACAUUCGAAAGAGCGAUGCUCUUCCGGCUUGUGGGCGUUCGGGUUGCCAUCAGCUUAUCUGCGGUAGCUGUCGCGACAGCUGGUAUGGCAUCAACUCUCCCGGCAGUAUCCUCAACAUACCCGCCCUUCAUUGUCCCUUUUGCCGCCGGCGCCCUGCCCCCAAGGCUAUUAGCAAGUAUAGACUGCAACAGAUUGGCAAUCUUCGGGCUGCCAUGGAUGAUGCUGGCUCGUGGAUAUACGCCUGGUGUAAGGACUGUGGCUUUGCUAGGCAGUACGUGGAGAGAGUAUGUGCUGCUGGAGCUCCUGCUGAAAUAGCUGACUGGACGUGCGAAGAGUGUAAUAAGCCCGAUGUGGUGGUGAAGAAGAAGCGCAUUCGGUGCUGUCCUGGCUGUGGCGUGGCGACGGAGAAGACGUAUGGGUGCGAUCACAUCAGUUGUCCUUGUGGAACUCAUUGGUGUUAUGCAUGCGGAAAACAAAGUGAUGAGAUUUAUGUCCACAUGGAAAGGGAGCAUGGAGGGAUUGGUUGGGGAGCUGAGACGGAUGAUGAUUAUGAGGAGGAUUGAGAAGUAUGGCCAUGUCUGGUAGUAUCAUUCAUCUGUAGCGAGAUGUACGUAUUUAUGUUAGCCUAUGCGACUCUUUGAAU